AUGGACCCUCCCAACUGGCUGGAGCGGAUCCUGACCAAGCCGGCCGAGUUGAUUCUGGAUCCUGCCUGCAGCCCCAGGCCGGCUGCGCUGACCCCGGGUUCUGCAUGCCGUCCAGAGAUGACCCCCCUUCCCGGCUUGACUGAGCUGACCUUGGACCCCACACACCAGCCAGAGGAGAGCUCAGCCCCCAGCCUGGCUGAGCUGACCCUGGAGCCCGUGCACUGCCGGCCCGAGCUCCUGGACGCCUGCGCCGACCUCAUCAACGAGCAGUGGCCGCGCAGCCGCGCCUCCCGCCUGCACUCCCUGGGCCAGUCCUCCGACAGCUUCCCCCUCUGCCUGAUGCUGCUGAGCCCCCCCCCCACGCCCGGCAACGCCCCCAUCGUGGUGGGGCAUGCCCGCCUGUCACGGGUGCUAGACCGGCCCCAGAGCCUCCUAGUGGAGACCGUGGUGGUGGCCCGGGCCCUGAGGGGCCGUGGCUUCGGCCGCCGCCUCAUGGAGGGCCUCGAGGUCUUUGCUCAGGCCCGGGGCUUCCACCGGCUGCACCUCACCACCCACGACCAGCUGCCCUUCUACGCCCACCUGGGCUACCAGCUGGGGGAGCCGGUGCAGGGCCUGGUCUUCACCAGCCGACGGCUGCCCGCCGCUCUGCUCCGUGCCUUCCCCGGGGCCCCGUGCCCCCGGCCACCCUGCAAGGCCCCUAGUCUGGCUGCCCACGCUGCCCCCAAAGCCUCCAAAGGGCCGUCAUUGCCGCCACCCCCUCCCCUGCCUGAGUGCCUGGCCACCUCACCGCCCCCUCCAGCAGGGGCCUCUCCACACAGCCUGCUGGAGGCAGGGUACCGUGACCUGAGAGGGGGCCCCAUCUUUUGGAUGGAGAAGGACAUCUGAGGGGCACCUAGGACAAGGCACCAUCUUUCUGGUUCAGUGGACUCCCCAGGACAGUCCCAGCCUCCGCCCCUGGCCCCGGGGACCGCUGAGAGCCGGGGGGGCCAGGACAUGGCUCCCUGGCUGGGGCUCCGAGCUGUCAGUGUGGCUGAAUAAAGGCUUC